GUUUUAGUUAAUUUUCUUUGAGUUAGUCUGAGCGCCUUGAGCUUUAAUACUAUCACCUAUCCAAUGUUGUCGUCACCACUUCACCAAUCACCGCUCAAUAAGUUGCAUACCAUCCACUCACUAGGACCAGCACAGUUGCCACAAUCACAGCAAAAGAUGUCCCAGACAACGAAUUCCGCUUCUUCCACUGUUAAUAAAGAAAAGGUUGCUCACGAAUCGUCGGCCUCAUUUUUUAUUAAUAAUCAGUCGAAAUCUGGACCCAUCCUUGCAGAGGCCGAGGAUGACCUUGAUAUUCCCAACAAUACUGUUCGCAUAGGCUCCAGAAAAUCCCAGCUGGCUGUCGUACAAUCGGAAAUUGUUGGUAUCGGCAUUCAAAAGCUCUACCCUAAACUGCAAACUCCAAUUGUCAAAUUGAGCACUUUGGGUGAUCAAGUGCAAAACAAGCCGCUGUACUCAUUUGGCGGUAAGUCGCUGUGGACCAAAGAGUUGGAGGUUCUUCUACUUCAGAGCUUUGGUGAGUUCGAACAAAUAGACAUGAUUGUGCACUCGCUUAAAGACAUGCCAACUAGCUUGCCAGACGAAUUUGAACUCGGAUGCAUUCUCCAAAGAGAAGACCCAAGAGACGCGCUAGUCAUGAAAAAAGAUUCUCCAUACAAGUCCCUUUCUGACUUACCCGACGGUUCUGUGGUUGGAACUUCUUCCGUUAGAAGAUCUGCGCAGUUACUAAAGAACUAUCCUAACUUGAGGUUCAAGAGCAUCAGAGGAAACCUUAAUACCAGAAUCAACAAGCUUGAUGCUCCAGAUUCCGAUUACGCAUGUGUUAUUCUGGCCGCUGCCGGCUUGAUAAGAAUAAAUAUGGGCCACAGAAUCACGCAAUUUUUGGGCCCUGAGGAGAUGCUAUACGCCGUUGGACAAGGAGCUCUCGGAGUUGAAAUCCGUAAAAAUGAUCCAAAAAUGAAAAAGAUCUGCCAACGGUUGGACUGUAAGUCGACUUCGAUCAGAUGCCGUGCGGAAAGAGAACUCUUGCGCACUUUAGAAGGAGGAUGCUCUGUUCCUGUGGGAGUUUGGUCAGAGUAUAAUAAAGACACUCACGAAUUGUACAUGAAAUCGGUUGUGCUCAGUGUCGAAGGAACUCUAUCUGUUGAGAAGAGUUUAAUGAGAAAAGUUGAAAAUUUCGAAGAAUCUGUUGCAUUUGGUCAUGAAUUGGCAUUGCUGUUAAUUAAUGGAGGCGCUAAAGCCAUUCUCGAUGGAAUCAAUUACGACAAAAUUAAUGAGGUCAAGCAACAGGGGCUUACAGACCUGUGAUCAUGUAUAUAUCACUAAUAUAGAAUUAGGGGGGUCAGGUCAAUCAAUUAUUAAAUUGCUUAUGUAGGAUUUUGAACUGCACAAGAAACACGAGAGCGAACCCGUAUCCAAGCAGCGCACAGCUCAUGAAGAUGGCAUACAGAUUAGGAUCAUGUGCCCAGAAGCUAAUAAUCUCGCCCACAAUGCUCGAAAUUGCGUUUGAGCAUAGAAAGAGGGCCACCACAAAACUCUUCAUUGCUGGAGAUGACAUCGUAUAAGCUAGCUCGUAAGCAGUAACAGUUGCAAAACACUCUCCGGUAGCUUGUAGCCCAAACAUCAGGGAGCACCACCAAGCUGAUAUUGGAGCCACUGUUUCACACUCGGAGGCUCCUUCCCAUCCACAUUCGCUACGGAUGUAAAUUAGAUAUUGAAGACAAGCCCCAACAAGUGUACCUGUAGCCGAGAUACAAAAUCCAAGGGUUAUUUUAUGAACUGGGUGGAAUGUCAGUCGCCGUUUGCGCAGAAAUGGAUAGAGUAGAUAGUCCUGGAUCGGGAUGAUUAUCAGGAUUGCUAAAGGAUUAAAAGACUGGAACAUGUCAUUGGGGAUGCCGCUGGUUCUCAUUGAACCGGCUUGGUUAAUCUGGAUGGAAG